AUGUCUAAGCCCGACUUCAUAUCCUGGACGCAAUCCCACCUCGGCGCCCUCUACGAAGCGCGAGAGGACGAGGUAUUUGCUAACGCCUUCGAUACUGCAUUCUCCCCCGCUUGCGAGGUCCGUGUGAACCAUGCAUUUUCGACACUUGAUGCUUUGAGGGAUAGCGUCUCAUCGCGCAAAGCCGCCGCCAGAGGAGUUGCACUCUCUUGGGAGAAUAUUAUCUCCACUGGUAAUCGUCCGGACGAACCCUCGGUGGUUGCCGGAACUUUAAUCGUCACUCGUAGCAUGAUGUUCCGCGUUCGCGCCGCUCCUGCUGAGCGUCUGACUCACAUCAACUUCAGUGCAAGGGUGGAACCUCUAGAAGAUUCUACCGUUCAGGCAGAUGAAAAUGAUGACCGUCGCCGCAUCACCAGCCUCUAUCUUACCUCGGUGGACUCAGCACCAGCGAUUCACUUCGUGACACCCCACCCAGUUAGUCAAGAAAAGAAGAAGUAG